AUGGACAAUUACGGGACAAAGUACAAUUUACGUUGCAAUCGCAUUAUCAGCGAAAGAAUGUUGAAGAAGGAUUUCAUAUACGCAAUAAAACGGUUGCCCGGGGAGAGAUGGCUUACCUCUCAGAAAAACCCAGCCCCCGAGGAAUAUCCCGGUCUGACGGAGGUGCGCAAGAUUCCGCAGUUCGAGUGCAACUUUUGUGGUGAACCUGUGGCAACUCUGAUGUCCCUUUCGACUCACGUGAAGUCACAUUUGAGAAACUAUUGUAGAAUUUGUUACUGGAUCUACGAGAGUAGGGAAACUGCUGAGGAACACAUGCUUCAGGAGCAUCGAGUUACGUCUAGUAAUUAGGAAAGUUGAGGAUCAAAUUUAGCGCGGGGAGGGAAACGA